AUGAGCAGCUUUAAAUAUUUUACCGAUGAAAUUAUAGAGGAAUUUUCUGGAGCAGGGAGCAUUGAAAUAUUCGAGGCGUUGGACUCGUAUGAAACCUCGAAUCCAGAGACCGAGGAAGAAGUUGUGCUACUCUUCACGGAAAUGAUCCUUUCGUAUGAAGAAGGUGUGUUGAAAGUCGAGCACAUUGUUGAUUUCCUAAGCCAAUCGAUCAAGAAUGAUGAUGUUGCACGAUUGUUUUGUCAAGUGUUGAAUUCAUUCCCAGUUACUGAGAGUACACGUGACUUGUUAACAACACUCAGUCAGGAUGGCAAUGUUAUAAAAUCGCAAACAAUUUCGCUGUAUAUCAACCCAGACUUUAUAAAAGAAACUGAUAUCGUCCCCAGCAAAGUGUUGUCAAAGUCUUUGAACACAAGGUUGAGAGAUAAAUUGUAUACACAGAAAAAGUACAAUUUAUUACAUGAGGAAAUUGAGGGAUACUCAAAAUUCAUUAUGGAGAUACAUUACAUAUUUGCAGCAGAUGACACCGAUUUGCAAAUUGACUACGCGUUACAAGUUGUCGAGAAGUUGAUGGGUCACUACAGUCUCGACCCAAACAGAUGUUUGGAUCUCUUGUUUGAAGUUUUAUCUGAAGUUGUAGUGACCAAGGUUGAUUCAAUUUUGGAAUUCUUUAGAAGAAGCCGAUGGUGGCCCGCACAAGAAAGUGACAAUUCAUCAAUAAAAUCGCUAAGUACUGGGGGAAGUGGCAUCGCCGCCCAGUUAAUUGGGUUGAAGAUAUUGAAUAAUCCCAGGGCCCACGACUUGCCCGAGCUGUUCAAAGUGAUGGUGUCAAUUUUCGUCAAAGAGGGCUUCAUAAGUUUUGGAUCGGUUUAUAAGUAUAUGCGUCCAGACGACACCGUCAUGAAGGAGCUUGAAGCCAAUUACCAUCGAAAAAUAGAGGAGGAAGUAUUGAAAGCUGGUGCGAGUGCUUUGGCUUUAGCUGCUCCACUCGCAGACGAUGAAAAUGGGGAUGCAAAAGAAAACAAAGGACCCAGUACUCCUCUGGGAAGCAACAAUAGUAUCCAACUACUGCUAAACUACAAGUAUCAAUUUUUGAAAGCUUUUCUAAGCAAUGGUCUAUACUGGCCGUCCAUUUAUAUUCUUUCAGAGUACCCGUUUUUGGCAGAUAUAGAUGACGAAAUACCAAGGCUUUUGAUUCGAUUGUUUGGAGCAAUGAUUGAUCCUUUGUACAAGCAGAUAUACCCAUUUCAAGCUGAAGAGAUCAUUCAAUUACAGGCUGCGAAAGGUGUGUAUUUUUCACGAGCUGGUAACAACGUUGUCAUCGAGCCUGCAAAGAAAGCGCAGUAUUAUACCUUUAAGCCACUUAAAAGAUCACACUCAAGUAGAAGAAUGUGUUAUUUUUAUAAAGGUUGGACCACCGAUUUGCCAAAUGUGGAGGAUUUUGCUUCUUUGUUUUCGGCUUCGCAGGAAAUAUUGAAGUUCAUUGGAUGCAAUUUUUCAAAAGAUGUUGAGGUGUUUAUUAAAUUGUGUGACAUUCUCCACUCAUUUCAAUCACAAGAAGGAUUGAAAGAAGACAUAUUCCACUACUUCAGGAACUAUAUAUUUCCAGUGAUGCCAUUGAUACUGGAAAAUUCGAUUGCAAUAGACAAGGCAUAUUCGAUUUUAGCUGCUUAUCCAGUAGAGGAUCGUUUUAGUGUUUAUGGUGAAUUGUACAACAAUUUGAGAAAGAAUAACACAGCAAUCAAAAUUGCUUACGGGAGUGCUGAGAAGGCGACAAAGAAUGUUUUGAAACGAUUGUCCAAGGAGAAUGUUAGACCAAUGAUGCGAAGGCUAGCUAAGAUCAGCUUUUCCAAUCCACUUCCUUGCUUGUUGACUAUUUUGCAGCAAAUUGAGAGUUAUGACAAUUUGAACACUUUGGUGGUGGAAACAGCGAGAUAUUUCAACAGUUAUGGUUGGGACAAUUUGACCAUUGCUAUUUUGAUUAGACUUAGCUCUGAUCGAAGAUCGAUUCACGAUAAUGGUAUGGGAGAAAGACAGUGGCUCCAAUCGCUCGCGUCAUUUGUGGGGAAGAUUUGUCAAAGGUAUCAAAAGGCUAUUGACACCAAAAUGAUAUUGCUAUAUUUGAUAAAAUCAUUUUACAUGGGUGAAAGAACAGGGUUGCUCGUUUUGAAGGAGAUGCUAAUCUCAAUGGGCGGUAUUCAAACCACUUCAGACUUGACUAUUCGUCAAAUAGACAUGAUCAAUUGUGGAUCAGCUUUGCAAAAAGUGGUUUAUAAAACCAUUGAUGACUUGAGGUUUGAUAGAGUCGACUCGGGAACGCAUUUGUUAAAGUGCAUUCUUGAUUUGGAUGCAGUCAAUGAGUUGAUCAUCUUGCUCUGUACCAUGUACACAGAUCUAGUCUAUGAUGCCGAUGAAACCCAGUUGAAAGUGUUGGCCAACAGAGUCGAUGAUCUAGUCUCGGUGAUUAAACUAUUUGUCACUUUGGUCUGUUUUUUUGGUGAUGGCGAUAUUGAAGUAAUGCCAAUAACAGAGUUGCAAGUAAAGUACAAUGUGCCUGUCGAAUGGGGGUUUGAUUUGUGGAGGCAAAAAAAAGAUGCCUAUGGUCUUUUGGAAAACCAGGGCAAGGAAUUGUGUCCUCCAAAUUUCCCACCUAGCUUGUACACAUUAUUUUGGUGUUUAAGUUUGAAGGAUGUGAACUAUUCCGAAUUGUUGUACACUGAAGAGUUGAGCAAGUUACAAUCUGGUAUCAAAGGAUUGCGAGAUGCAAUCAGUAUCAAUUCGAGAGACAAGGAUUUUCCUAGAGCAACAAUUGACAAGUAUGUGAAGGAUAUAGAGGACAGCGAGGCUUUCAUUAAAAAGCUACCCGAAGACGAGUUGAGACACAAGAGCUUGGAUGAAGCUACUAAUGAGAAGAUAACUGCCUUAUCACUGGAGUGGUUCACCUCAACUGAUCCUGAAGUGGUUGAAACAUUUAUAAAAUCGUGCAUACUACCAAGAGCAGCCCAUUCUUCGUUUGACGCCGUGUUUGCAGCAAGAUUUAUUUUCAAGUUGCAGGAACAAAAUGUUGCAAAUUACUCCGCUUUUCCCGUGUUGGAGGCAUUGACAAAGAACAAGAUGUUGUCGUCAAAUUUGUUUUCGUCUACACCCACAGAGGCCGAAAAUUUGGGCUUCUUCUUUGCUUACAUUUUGAAGCGUUUACACGAAUACACCGAUGCUGAUAAAGUCAACGAGUUGCAUGUGGAAGAUUUUGAAAAUUACCGAAACUGGGUCUUUGAUUACCAUGUUGUGAUAUUGUCCGAGGUGGAAACCGCAUUUGACACACAUGAGUAUAUGUCAAGGAGUAACACUAUUACGUUUUUGAAAAACUUGCUUGGCGUUUAUCCAGUCGUUGAGGAUCAUUGCGAGACAAUGUUGAGCGUGAUUGAGAAAGUGUAUACGGAGGAGGACAGGGAGGACAUCAAGCUCUCAUCUGGAGCAUUACUCAAUCAUCUCAAGUCAAGGGCCAAACUGUGGAUACCUAUUUGGGAAUUUAAAUCCAUUAGUGAGGAAGAAAAGCAGAAAAUAAUAGAUAGAAAGGAUAGGCUCAAAAAGGAGAAAGAAGAGGCACAGACAUUAGCUAGAGAAGAGGCGAAACGGAAAGAAAAGGAGGAGCGCGAGGCUCGAUUGAAUGAAGAAAAGAGGGUGAAGGGAGAAGAGCUUAAGAAAAAGAUUGCUGCUAUUAAUUACGGGUCCCAGUCGAGAUUUCCCAGCAGGCCAUCUAAUAGAAUUGCUGAAACGUCAGCCAAGGGUAAAUAUGAUGAGUAUCAAUCAAACAAUGAUGAUAGAAUGGAUGUUGACACGAAUGGAGAAAAGACAGAUGCCGCAUCAGGUGAUUCCAAUGAUGUCAAGAAUGGUGCUGUGUCAAAGGAGCCGGAAAUCAAGAAGGAGCAAGCUGGAGCUGAAAAGGUGAAUGAAAGUGACGAAGCUGAGGAGGUAGAAUCUAGACCACCAAAGGAAGAAACCGAUGAAGACAAAGCAAGGGCAACCAAGACUGACGAGACUGUGAAUGAAGAGGAGGUUGUAAAUGGAGCACGAUCUGGUGUAACGGAAAAGCAAGAUAUGGAUCACAAAGAUAGCACUGAGGAAGGGAAGCAUGACGAAAAUGUUCAGGAAGCAAAGCAGGAUGAUGCUACUGAACAAAAGCGUGGAGAGACUUCUAAACAAGACACACCCACCAACGAACUUUCAAAAAAGAGACAACCACUUCCACCGCAAAGUGCAGUUACAAAGGGCACUAAAGUUAAGCAGAAUCCUAUCACUAGGAGAGCUCCAUUGCCUCCACAAGAAAAACUUUUACCUGGUGGAGACCGAUCACCGCGAUUUGGCCCUAAAGCACCUGGCUUAGGGUCGGGACUGGGUCCACGUAGAGUUGGAGAAAGCUUUGGUCUCUCCGGACAUAAUGCUCCGCCACCACCACCGCCGCCGCCUCCGCCUCCGCCGGCAUCUCAAUCCCGCUCAAACUCUGGUGUCACUCGUGCGCCAUUUGGUCAGAGAGAGCUGCUGCAGCUGCUGCAGCAGUAUGUACUGUCGUCAAGGUCGCGUGGUGGCUUUGACAAUAGACGUGGAAGAGGGUUUGACGGUCGUCUGCAGAUUGGCGAGCGUGGUGGUGCCAAUGCUCGCUUCGGAGAAAGACAGGGUAGGAACGACGGGAGUGGAUCUGAUGGAGCAUACGAAAGUAAUACUAAAAGAAGAGCUGAUGGACAAGGAGGGAGAGGGUUUGAGAAAAGACAUAAAUAUUGA